UACCUAAACAAGCUAGCGCGCGCCUACUCCAACCCAAAAAAGGAAAAAGAGCGAAAAAGCCGCGACAACCUCUUGGUGACGGCGUUUGAGGAUAGCCGACGUUUUGACGACCUUGAAGACAACGCUGCUCUGCCGGGAGGGGAUUUUCCUCCUUUUCUUUUUGUUUCGCAUGGAGUUGGUUAAUUUGACUGCAUUGAUGGACCAUGAUACUGCUCGUUAGGCCGCAGUGAAGCAACCCAGACGAAGAAAACAACUAUUGGAAGCACGGAGACACGAAGGGAGACCCUCAGAGAAGUGAACCAGCUCGCCUCUACAAUUCGAUCUAAUAAAGUUAUUACAGCAGACAAGAGGGGGAAGGCAGCGAAGAGAUGGCGUCGUCUACCGCCAACGUGCAGCGGAAGACGUCUGCAGCCCGGGCACCCAAGCCACGACCCAAAACAGCGCAGAAGGGGGCUCGAAACACGACAGUACAAGCUCCAGGAGAACCACCACGAAAGAAGCUAAAAUAUGUUCCUGGGGGUCCUGGAGGAGGUGGACGGUAUAUCGAGGUGGAUGAUAUAGAUCCGCCACCGCGAGCAUCCUCGCAGAUGCGAAAUAAAACUAGCACUCCCCGGACUCGACCUGCUCGCGACUCCCACGCCUCUUCACGCCUUCACCCCGCAACUCCCUCUUCCUCGCGUUCGAGUCGACCGAGAACCCAGGCCCGGAGGUAUAGCUCUGCUGCAGCUGCAGUAUUGGCAGUAACCCAGAGUGAAGGAUACAUGCCUCGUGAGGAACGCGGUUGGGAAGAGUUUCACCCUGACCUUGAUAUUGACGCCCAGAUUGCCGUAUUUAGCUCAAAAGAAGUGGACGGACUGGUGAACGACGAGAAUUCGUCCUCAAAUGGAGCAAACGGGAAUGGAUUUGGCGCUAAUGAGGAUGGUAGCAGUACACCUAGUGGAUGUCGAGGACCAAGUUUGUCCCCGUCCAAACGUCGCCUUGAUAAACCGAAAAAGGCAGAUGAUACACCGGAGCAAUCUAAAGGAUUAUUGCUACCAACGUCAAAUCCGCGGGAAAAGCUUACGCUACCAAAGCCAUCUUGGGUCGUCAAAGAUCCGUUUCUACCGUUUGAACAGAAGGGAGUUGGACAGCAAAAUUACGUGGACCGUACCAUGGCGAGCGUAGGCUACCAGGAAAGCGACAUUUUCGUUCGACACGAGAGAAGAAUGAUCCGGCUAUCUGAAGGUGUAACAGAGGGUGAUCUUGACCUAGAGCCGCCCCCGCCCACUGAGGGGGACGCUGGCCCACCUCUCCCAAACGCUGACGUGGGUAGGGUGGAGUACGACAUGGACGAGCAGGAUGCCAGAUGGCUGGAAGAAUAUAACACGCAGCGAAAACUUGAAGAAUUCGAGCCGAUCAAACCUGCAAUAUUUGAAAUUACCAUGACUAAAAUAGAGAAGGAAUGGCAUGCUCUAGAACGACGAAUACCUAAACCUAACCCCAAACCACCCCAGACACAACGGCCGCGUUCCAGUUCUGCUGUUGCAGUGAACGGUGAGAAUCCUGGCUCAGGAGAGGAACAAGAUAGCAAAUGCGCUGUAUGUGACGACGGGGAUUGUGAGAACGCUAAUGCCAUCGUCUUUUGUGAUGGCUGUGACCUGGCUGUCCACCAAGAGUGUUAUGGAGUGCCUUAUAUUCCUGAAGGCCAGUGGCUUUGCCGCAAAUGUCAGCUCAUUGGUCGAGGGUCUCCAUCUUGUAUCUUCUGCCCUAACACUGAAGGUGCAUUUAAACAGACAAAUACUGCUAAAUGGUCACAUCUUCUCUGUGCAGUUUGGAUUCCAGAAGUCUCGAUAGGAAACCCGUCUUUAAUGGAGCCAGUGAUUGAAAUUGAAAAGGUGCCGAGAAGCCGUUGGAAACUUACUUGCUACAUCUGCCGCCAGAAAAUGGGAGCUUGCAUACAGUGCAGUAACAAGAACUGCUUUGUAGCUUUCCACCCGACUUGUGGAAGGCGAGCCCAUCUAUAUUUGAGGAUGAAACUGACACCAGGUGCUCCCGCAAUAAAGGACUCUAACGAACUCAAAGCCUAUUGUGAUAAGCAUGUUCCACCGGACUGGCAAGCAGAUCAUAAUACCUCUUCCGCCACCGCUCAAGCUCUGGAAUACUACCGCACUGCCAUGCAAGGGAAAAAAUGGGGAGAUAGCCAAGCCGCAGCCCUUGCCAUGGGGCCGGAAACCCAAGAAGGCACGGACCCCAACGACUGCAAUGCUAGACCCAUAACGCCUCGAUUAACGUUAACUGUUGGCGGUAACAAUAAGCGAAAGCGUGCAAAUCCGAAUCCAAGAACGAUUUGGAAAUUACCCUCUGGGGCACCCGUUAUCCCACGAGUUGUGCUCGACAAUGUUGUGGCUUCUUUGGCCCGUUUCACAGUUCGUCAAAGAAAGCAGUAUGCAGAGGAUGCAUGCAAGUACUGGACUCUAAAACGAGAAGCAAGGCGAGGUGCUGCAUUGUUGAAGCGACUGCAACUUCAACUGGAAACAUUCUCAUCUAUGGAAAUGACCAGAAGGAAUUUCUCUGGAAUGGGCCGUGCGGGAUCUGUACGUCUAGAACGCCGGAUAGACUUUGCGGAAAGACUAUAUCACGACGUUGACAAGGUUCGGAUGUUAUGUGGCGAGGUAAAGAAGCGUGAAAAGGAAAAACUCAAGGAUGCAGAAACCCUUCAAAGUAUUAUUGAUAUAGUUUACUUCCCUAUACCCCCAAUGCUGUGGCCGGUAUUUGAGAAAGCCCAUACGUAAGUUCCCAGAGUUUCAGGAGUCACUGCCUUUGGUGUUUCGUCUACUAAUAUUGUCCUUUUUUGCACAUUCACAGAUUGGAUGGAAAGGGCGUAUUCUUUGUUGGCUUUCAGACAAUCCGGUCAAAGCUAGAAGAACGGUACUAUACUUCCGUUUCUGAAUUUUCUCGUGACUUAGCACAAGUUUUCACUUCGGGGAUUGGAGUUGCCUCUGUUGGAGAUACGGCAGAGUUACAAAUGCAGAUCAGCGGUCGUGCUCCUGAGCUCAGCCACGAACAACGGGAGAAACGGAAACUUGCUAAGCGAAUAAUCAAAUCUGUUCAACCUCUACUUGAGGAUGCUUUGAAGAAAGAAAGCGAGCUUAAUGGCAAGCCUUAUGAGAAUGAGCUCAAGGGCCUUGACCUUAUUCUUGAAAACAGCGUUGGCUCUCGUAGAGGAUCUAUCAACACCUCCUCUGGAGAAGCAGUCAACGCUGCCUUACUUACUGACAUGGCAACGCAGCCGUUACCAAACGGAACUGAGAUUGAAAUGCAAGAGAGUGGCCUUAACCUGACUCCCGAAUCUAAAAGCGAGGUUGCCGAAAAGGUACCCGAGCAGGUCAACAAUGAGAAGUCCGCUCCAGAGACGAAUGACGACCUUGCAGGUGAUGAGGAUCAAGACGCAGAAAUGAUGGAUGCUCCAGAACUCCAGGAGAACAGCACUGAGGUGGUGACAUCACACUCAGAAAAACGAGAGUCAGAAAGUGGCCCUAACGAAAGUGAACCGCCCCAAUUGCCUGUGGAGAAGGCGGGAGAGCGAUCCACACCCCUCCUUCAACCUCAGAUUCCACGAGACAAAGCAACGCCUCCUACACCGCCUGCCAGCUUUUCAGAAGGCCAGCAGCUUCUACCCCUAGCCCAAGGUGGCAUCCAGUGGUACAUGCAACCUUUCGACCCUAUUGGUACCACCAUUCAUGAAGAACGUUGGACCGGUAGGGAGCUGGUUCGGGGCAUGAGUGAGGAACUUAGUGACAUUGGAGACGAGGAACUUCGUGACUUGGCCGGAGACGAUGAUGGCGUCGAAGAUGCGCCGGCUGAGCCUCCAGGGCAAGAUAUCGCAUCUACUACGGCCCCGGAAGAGGAACCCUCCAAGUCCAAAUCGCAGAAGAGUCGAAAGCGAUGGCGAGGAUUUAGAUAACCCUUUGUUACUUGUUGUAUUCUCUUUGUACCUCUCCGGAGAUAUCACCUCAUGUCUUCACCCUUCUUCUAUGCCUUUACAUUCCCCUCACUAGAAAGAUAAUAUGUAGUUAAUAAUGAAACGAAACCAGGAUAUCAGGAUAAUCAACGCUACCACGCUCAUCUUCUCUCCUCAUCUUCGGCUUACUUUUUUUUAUAUUGACAACGAAAAAGAGUUGCGGGAGCCAAGGACAGCAUGCGCUAGUCCAGAUCGAGCGAUAGCUAAAAGGAUCGUCUUCCUGCCCAGGUGAAGCUUUCAUCAGCUUUUUGCUCUUCUCCAGACAUCAAAAGGCCAACCUCCUCGAUCUUUAGCCUCUCGUCUCGCACCUCUCCCUCUCUUUCACGUUGCCUGGUGCUGCAGCCUGUACUGUUUCUUCUGCUUUCUCGUGCGUUGGUGCUUGCAGCAGGCGGACCGGACGAAAGACUCAGUGGCAACUCCCCAGAGCCGCUUUUUUUUCUACACUGGAUUAUCGACCAACCAUGGCCGACAUGGAGUAUGAAAAUGAGAACGAUCGGUUCGAAGAUCCGCAAUACCGCCGACGUAGCGCGUCACCCCAGGAUGCUAAUCGCGCUACCCGGAACCGCAGCGCUUCUCCCAACGGCCGAACUGACCGUGCUGAAGGAACGGAUACUCGGAUGAAGAAUGCGGAUGAUGAAGAGGGAGCUCAAAACACAGGCACCAACCUGUUUGUAACUGGGAUCCAUCCCCGUCUGAGUGAAGCAGACGUGACUCGUCUUUUUGAGAAAUAUGGUGAGGUGGAAAACUGCUCUAUCAUGCUUGAUCCUCACACCAAGGAGUCGCGUGGAUUCGGGUUUGUGAACAUGGCUACUCCUGACCAGGCAGAAGCGGCCAGAGAGGGUCUACAGGGCGAGGUAAUCGACGGACGUACCUUGAGCAUCGAAAAGGCUCGCCGUAGUCGCCCUAGAACCCCUACGCCCGGAAAGUACUUUGGGCCUCCCAAGCGAGAACUUCGUGGACACAGUCGAGGCGGUCGUUAUGAUCGCUAUGACGAUCGUCGCGGUGGGUAUGGUGGCCAUGGAC